CUCCAAAUUAGUUUUUGAUUGAAAAAAGCAUGCAGGUGUUGAAUGACACAUUGAAUCCAGUUUGGAAUCAGACGUUUGAUUUUGUGGUGGAGGAUGGAUUGCACGAGUUGCUAAUCCUCGAAGUAUACGACCACGACACAUUUGGGAAGGAAAAAAUGGGAAGAUGCAUAAUGACACUGACAAGGGCAAUACUAGAGGGGGAAUUUACAGACAUUUUUCACGUAGAUGGAACCGCCAAAGGAAAGCUUAAUUUGCAUCUCAAAUGGACUUCUCAAGCUAUCAUCAAAUAAUAUAAUCAUUUCUUUUAUUUAUUUAUUAUUCUUUUGGUGUAAAUUAAAUGAUGAAAACAGAAGAAAGGAGUGGGAAUAAAUUAAUUUGAAAGAUAUUCCUAAUUCCUCUUGAAU